AUGAGCAAGAAUGUCGAGCUAAUCGUUAAUCACCUUCAGCAGGCUGGGCGGCCGUCGUUUGCACCGAUCUUAUGGCUUUCCAUCCUCGGAUUCACUCUGGCCAGACCACCAAACCAGAUCGAUUUAACAGCGUCCAAAGGACUCGAGAAACUGCAAAGGCAGAGAACAUUGAGAAGUAUAUGGCCAUUCACAUCCUCAGAAACCACAACUGAGGCCCCAGAAAUCUACCCAGCUUCGGUGCCCGAGAACAACCAAUGGUUCGUCCAAGGUGAGACGGCAAUACCCGAGGGAAUCGAUUUGACCAAAUAUCCGGUUUGGAAAAUCCACAAGUACAACGGCAUCGAUCUUCACCCGGUAAAUCUUCAGCCACAGAACCUGUACCCGCCGGAAGGGGACAUUAUUGAGGUGGGAUAUGCGCCGGGCGCAAGUCCGUCCUUGGACUAUGCUUCGAGUAGUUACUCAAACGGUUACGAGCAAUCGCAACCUGCCCAUGAGACUUAUCCCACCGGAUAUUUACCGACGUAUUCAUCCCAGUCGGCACCGUAUCCUCCCGCAGUAGCGAACCAAAAAUCUGAUGAAUACCACAGCUCCAGUUUCACAGCUGAAACCGACGACUACAACAUUCAGACACAACAGAAGUAUGAGACCUACGUUUCGCCGCAGUCGCAAACUCAGGCUCAGCCAUUCACGGGCUACCCACAGGCUCCACAAAUCAACUAUGGACCACCGAACUUGCAGAACGUUGACUACCAGAAAGGGCAAAUGCAGAUGUACGGCUUGGGCGAAGGCCAGAGCUCUCUGGCCCAGCCCCAGUCGGUGGACGGAGAAAAACCCGACUUGAGCUUCCUGGACAAUCUCGGUGGCCUCGGCGCUUUUCUGCCGGAAGUUAAAGACGACGAGAGUGCUAGUAACAAAGAAAACCCCGACACUUCAAGUUCAGGAUUUUUCGAAGGUUUGUUCUCCCGAUUCCGAGGAACGACCGAAGUGCCGAUUGCAGAGAUUGCUGAGGAAGAGAAGCCAGCCAGCAGCGGGGGAUUUUUAUCCUCAGUAUUCGGCCUGGGUUCCAACACGACUCCGCGACCCGUGGACGACGCUCCGACGACGCAGUCAUCAGGGAACAUUUUGUCGUCGCUGUUGUAUGAGCCACAAACGGAGAAAACAGUGGUGAUCCCACCGACGACUUACUAUCUGCCGAAGACCAGGGGCUCCUACAUUGCCAUUAAACUACCGGCGAACGCUGCACAAGAGACGGUUACGAGAAUCGUUGAACCUUACAAGGGUGUGUCGAACAUCGCCAUCUAUCAAACACCCUCGGUACCUUUCACACAGUACGAAAUCCCACACGCCGCUGGUCUGACCGUGGACUCUAAAUAUCCUUACAACCUUGCAGAGUCGGAAGUGCGGAACUCAGGCUCACAUGGCUUGGCUACAAACAUAGAUUCUCAGUCUCCUGUCAUCUAUGGUCAGACCUCACAGUCACCUCUCAACGAGCAUCCCUACUACACGCAAAAUCGCGACACCUAUAAGCCCCCGGGUUAUGAAACGGCUGCAUUUGCUCCGUACCAAGGUGGCGCUCAAGGUUUUACGCAAGCGCAGUACCUGCAGUCAGACAAAGGAGUUCCUCCUCCAUCGGGUCAACCGAUAUACUACUACCAGGAGGAAGAUCGUUCACAGAAUUUGGGAAAUUCCGAUACACGGCAUCAGAGUCAACAUAUUAAAGAAAUUUUACAAACGGAGGGACAAUCAUUCGCGUUGACUAACUCAACCAGUUACGAUCAGGAUCAGAACACCCGAGACCAGCAGUACCAGGAUUACGAUACUGUCCAGGCUGUACAAAGUGCGGCCAUAAACGAAAAUGAGCCGAAGUCGUCUCCCCAGCUGUCCGAUAACUUUGUACCUUCCUUGGUCUACGGACUGGGUACAGGUAACACAGGUAAUCAGGUGACUUUCGACGUUGGUAGCGAUGCACGAAACCGCGGUAAUAGCGGUGAUAUUUCGUCCCAGGACUUGGACGACACAGAAGCCCUUGUCGAAGAACUGGUACCACCGAAGAAUAACGAGCCAUUAACCACCGUCCCGGUUUAUCAGAUCUCGUAUUCGACUUAUCAGAGUCCUGAGAAUCCUCUAGGGCCAGCAAGGACCUACACAACUCCGCCGGUGAAAGACGCAACGAAUUUUCAAGAUGUUCCGUACUUCGAACAGGGUGACAACAGCCGUUUCAUACAAGAUUUGUCGGCGCUCACUUCGUACGGAACACCGACGAAUUCUUAUCAGUCCGAUCCGUUCGUUUCUGCGUCUUCGCAGGUGAUAAGGGUUGCCGUUGACGCGCCGAAUUCGGACAAGGUCAUCGACAGGUCGGAGGUCGGCGUCAAUGCGGACGAGGACACGGUGCGCCUUGCACCUGUAGAUGAACAAGAAUCGGGUACGAAGAAAGGCGCCGGACUCAUGCGCAAGGUUACGAAACGGAGGAAUUUCGCUGAUGGUAUAAUGAGUAGUAACGCGCAGACGAGAUUCACGCCGGAGGGACAGACACCUACUCAGGAAACUGACGUGUCGAUGGUAAUUGGAAGUGAAAAGGAUUCGAUACCGGAAGUAAGAGGCAACCGACAGUUUAGUGGCACGACCGUAAUCGAUGGCUACUCGAGAGUGCAGCAUGAACACCAUCAAGUUAGUGCACCAGAUAAUGAUCAGACCAUGGGGCUGCCGGUUAACCAUGCGCCAGAAGCCGUUUAAGUGCGUGCAGUGAGCCAAACACGACGUCCUAGAGUGCCGGUUUGCAGAAGAAAUCGCAUACAGAAAUUAUCCUGAGCAGAGUAAACCAGAUGUGUAAUUUUAUUUAUUAGUAAAUUAUUGUUACGUCGAGUGCGACGUUAUAAUACCAAUGUCGACAUCUCUCUUCGAUUAGAUUUUAAGGCCCACGUCGGCCGGCUGUAUAUUUUAUAUAAUAAAAUAUUCUAAACAUGUGAAA